UGGCAUCUGUGAUUAAGAUCAGAGCCCGCACUUUUGUAAAUAAACAAGUUGAAAAUUUUUAAAUCGCGAGUUUUUGAGUGAAAGCUAGUCUGUUCUUAGCUUGGAAAAACCAAAGAAAAAAUUGAAAUCUAGUCUCGCCAUUUGUCCAUUCCGUCAUGGGUCUUCUUACAAACCCAUCUAUCUCACAAAAAGCAAAAUAUUGUAAAGCACUGAUUCGCCACAACACACUUAUCUGCUUCGGUCUUUAUCUGUUGGGUGUUGGCUACUUUUGCCUACUGCCGGAUCCAAACUUCAAUUCGGCCACAUAUUUUUCCGAAAAUGCUCUGCUGCCGGGGUUAGUUUAUUCGGAACUGCGAACCGAAACGAUAACCCUGGCCAAGAACUAUGCCGGAGAGUUGAAAAGGGAGCGAGAGUUUCAUCGCAAGGAAAUGCCAUACGCUUGGAUGCUAGCUAAAUUGAGAAAAAUUGGAUUGGAAACCCAUACGCACAAUUUCACUCUUAGCUAUCCACUGGGAGGAGGAAAGAUUUUCACUGGCAAAAAUGUAUAUGGAAUAUUGCGGGCUCCACGGAUCGGGGCAACAGAAUCGUUCGUAAUUUCAGUACCCUAUCGGUCUCCGGACUCCGUUUAUUUGGAUGUGUCAGCUGGAAUUCCGCUUAUGUUGGCUUUUGCGGAUUUUGCCCGACGUCAGAAAUAUUGGGCUAAGGACAUUAUUUUUCUGAUAACUGAACAGGAACAGCUGGGAAUGCAAGCGUGGUUACAGGCUUACUAUGGCUCAGAAGACAAUCGAGUGCUAAACGCUGGUUCAUUAAAUGCCAGAGCCGGUGCGAUACAGGCGGCAAUUAAUUUAGAAGUUCACGGGUUUGAUGUAGAUUAUAUUAACAUAAAAAUUGAAGGACUGAACGGACAGUUGCCGAAUUUGGAUUUGCAUAAUUUAGCACAGAAACUUUCGCAAAAGAAUGGAAUAGUAGCGGGUUAUCGAUUAUCAGAAGCAAAACAAAGGAAAGCUAAUUCCCACUGGGAAAAACUACAUAAUUUAUUAGCAAUGGUAUUCAGUCAGGCGACGGGAGUUCCUACUGGUAACCACGGUCUGUUUCAUCGUUACGGAAUAGAGGCGUUAACCUUGGAAUGUUUCGAGCAGUCGGGUUACAAAAGCAGUUCCCCGGGUGUCGGAGCCCUGCUAAAAAUUGUUGAAGGUAUCAGUCGCAGUUUGAACAAUCUGUUGGAACGAUUUCAUCAGAGCUACUUCUUCUAUUUGUUGGUUACUCACGACCGUUUCGUAUCUAUUGGAGAUUACAUGCCCAGUCUAGGGUUAAUGGCUGGGGCACUUUUGAUUAGUUCAUUUAUUCAUUACCUCUCACUUCACUACCCUGAAUUUAAGGAGGAAGAACAAUCUCUCGGAGAUAGUGAGAGUGUGCCAAGAAUGAACUACGUGCAGGUGGGACUCCUAAUAUUCCUGACACAUUCGAUUGGUGCUUUGACUAGCGUUCUACCUUUCCAUGCUGGAUUAAACAACUACCUCCAUACUGCAAAUUUGUCCACUCAAUUCAGCAUUUCCAUGAUCAUGGUAAGCAUUUCCAUGGUGGUAUUAAUUCUACCGGCAUUCGUCACAUUGGACGCAUUUAAUUCGGAAGUUCUUCAAAUUGCCGUCCUGUUGGAACUGGGAACUGCCCUCCUGACGGUAGGAAUGCUGAACUUUUCUCUAGGUUUUAUUCUGUCCGUUAUUAUAGUUCCAAUAGUACUGAUUUUGCAGCCACGGCAGGAAGGAUUUCUAAACAAAGGAUGUUCCGGUCUAUUUUGCACUAUAUUGCACCCCCUGGUGAUCGUAUAUUUAAUAUUACUGGUCGUCACGUGUGCACUUUUUCCAGAAUUAACUGUGAAUGGCCUACUUGGAAAAGCGCUCACUGCUACGAUGGAUGCCAUUACGUACUCAGUUGUGGAUUCCAUGAUUUAUGGAAACUGGUUGUUUAAUGUCAUAGCGCUUAUUUUUCUGCCUGCGUGGAUACUUUUAUGGUUUGUUAUAUUUUCUACCAAAACUUUGAAGGUUGAGAAACUUGAAGUCGAUUCAAAAACACUGAAACAAGACUGAAGUCUGAUGAUUGUAGAUAGAUAACUAGUAUUGUACAGGAAACGAACUGCUAUUGAGUAUUUGAACAAUAGAUAAUUAAACAUGAGUUACUGAUUGGAAGAA